CGAGAAACAGACAGACAGGUACGAACUAUUUCAUGAUGAUUUAUAGUUCUAUAUUUCGUUGCCAAUCUAGGGUUUCAGUAGCUGCAAAAUUUUUUUUAUUCAAUAGUAUAUGGCUUUAGCUCUUUAAAUCGCUGAAGAUGUUUAAGAACACAUUUCAGUCUGGUUUUUUGUCCAUCUUAUACAGCCUUGGGAGCAAACCUUUACAGAUAUGGGAUAAAGAAGUUUCCAGUGGUCAUGUAAAACGGCCACAUGAUGAAGACAUACAAUCUAAUGUGCUUGAAAUUAUUGGAUCAAAUAUCCAGUCUACAUACAUUACAUGCCCAGCAGAUCCUGCUGCAACUCUUGGUAUAAAACUCCCAUUAUUGGUUAUGAUUGUGAAGAACUUGAAGAAAUACUUCACAUUUGAAAUUCAAGUGCUGGAUGAUAAGAAUGUCAGGCGGCGUUUCCGAGCUUCUAACUUUCAAGCCAUUACUCGAGUGAAGCCAUACAUCUGCACCAUGCCACUGAAGAUGGAUGAGGGCUGGAAUCAAAUCCAGUUGAACUUGGCUGAUUUUACAAGGAGGGCAUAUGGAACCAAUUAUGUUGAGACUUUACGAGUUCAGGUUCAUGCUAAUUGCCGGCUGAGGAGAAUAUAUUUCUCUGACCGCCUCUACUCAGAAGAGGAACUCCCUCCAGAAUUUAAACUCUAUCUUCCAAUGCAGAAAGCAUGAGAAGUUCCAGGCUUUAGAAUCAUCACUUCAAAAUGAGCUAGAGCUCGUGCUGGGUUUUAUCAUUCUGCAUCUGUAAACUGGUUCUAUCUUGGUUUUCUUGUGUUUUGUGUUAAUAUGAGAGGUACCAAAUUCCAGAAGUGAUCAUGCAGCAAUUAUCCCAUUAUGUUUUGGGUGGCUUCCAUGGACAUAGGAAGUGGAACUUUGUUUACAGUAAUAACUGUUUGAAUCCUUUAUGAUUCUCUUGAUUUGAUGGUUUGAUUUUGUUUA